AUGGUGCUGGACUCAGGGGCUCAGGUGUAUGAGCAACCACCCCCCAGCCCACCAGCUAGUCGCUCAACCGUGGGCCAUAGGCUGAAGCCCUCAGACCGAGAUGGGACACCGAUGUACCCCUGGCCUCAGUCCCUGGCCUUGCCCCUGGCUCUGUCAGUCUCCUCAGCCCUGCAGCCCCAACCUGGGCUGCAGUCCUGUUCAGAGCUGCACUUGGGCCACCGUGGCCACAUGCGUCGCAGUGAGAGCUCCUAUAUCAUAAAUAGUACUGGCCAGCGCAGGGGUGGCACCCAGGGUCGGGUCCAACCUGGACGAGGACGGGAUGCAGGUGGGGGAACCCUGCGGUCUGCAGCCUCCCUGCCUCACAUUGCUAAGACUCGAAAGGAUGUAUGCCGUAGUGCCAUCAGGAGCCCCUGCAUGUUGAUGGCCUUGCGGCCAACCAACAUGGACCGUGAGCGGGACAAAUUCUUCCAGUCCCAUUACACCUACAACCCACAGUUCGAGUACCAGGAUCCCAUGCCUACUGCUGUGCUGGAGAAGUACUGUGAAGCCUCUGGACAGUUCAUUCAUCAGGCAGUUGGCAUCAUUGAGGCUGUCCUGGAGAAGUUUGGCACCUACGAACACUUUGAGGCUGCAACUGGGGGCCAGCUGCUGACCAAGUGCCAGAUCUGGUCUAUUGUGCGCAAAUACAUGCAGAAGGAGGGCUGCAUUGGGGAGGUUGUGGUGCAGCUAAGUGAAGACCUGCUGUCCCAGGCAGUGAUGAUGGUGGAGAACAGCCGACCAACAUUGGCCAUCAACCUGACUGGAGCCCGCCAACAUUGGCUGGAAGGCAUGCUGCGGCACGAGAUAGGCACUCACUACCUGCGAGGUGUGAACAACGCACGGCAGCCCUGGCACAGUGCUGAGGGCCGGCUGCAAUAUGGGUUGAGGCCAGCGAACCCCACAGAGGAGGGCCUGGCGAGCCUGCACAGUGUGCUGUUCCGCAAGCAGCCCUUCCUGUGGCGCGCAGCACUGCUCUACUACACUAUCUACCGAGCCUCGCACAUGUCUUUCCACCAGCUCUUCCAGGACCUGGCGCGCUACGUGCAGGACACUGACGUGCGCUGGGAGUACUGCGUACGCGCCAAACGUGGCCAGACCGACACCUCACUGCCGGGCUGCUUCAGCAAGGACCAGGUAUACCUGGAUGGCAUCGUGCGCAUUCUGCGGCACCGACAGACCAUUGAUUUCCCGCUGUUGACCUCACUGGGCAAGGUGUCCUAUGAGGAUGUAGACCACCUGCGGCCCCAUGGGGUGCUGGACAAUACUCGGGUGCCCCACUUCAUGCAAGACCUGGCGCGAUAUCGGCAGCAGCUAGAGCACAUCAUGGCCACCAACCGGCUGGAUGAAGCAGAGUUGGGCCGCCUGCUGCCUGACUAAUAUUGGUCAAGGGCUCCAGUUCAUCCCCCAGAACACCAAGAUGACUACUCUUUGCUUCCAUGGCUUGAGUGUUUUUUGAGAGAAGCUGAGAGGACAGGAGCAUCUCAGGAGGGAGGAGUGGCAACAUCAGUGGGUUUGUGUUCCUUGGGACCUGGAGACCAGCAGCAGCAUGUUGGGU